ACUCGAUGUACUUAACCUUGGAGACGAAACACACACUGUGACAAUAGGAAAUAUUCACGUGGACUUGAAGCCUCUCCUUGUUGGAAUGCCCGAGUUAUAUGGAUGGUACAACGUAAUAGAUUCCCUUAGACAAUGUCGUGGGCAAAUUAAGUUGGCGGUCGUUCCACUCUAUUUUCCGGUUAGUGAAAAAACUCGUCCUGUUGAUUUAUCGAUGGAAAAAUCUUCCGAUUGCCACGAAACCGUUACAUCUGAACCAAUAUGUGUCCCUGAAUACCACAGUGUCUGUUUAUCGGACUCGCAAAACGACAAUAUGUGUUUAGACGAAAGUAAUGAGAUGAAUUGUGACCUAAUUACCCAAUCGGAACUUUCCACCACAUCUUAUUCAAAUAUACAAGAACAAACAAAAUCACUUUGUAGUGAGGAAAUAAUAUUUUCUGAUCAACUGAGCCUAAACGAAGAAUCUUUAAAGCCAGUUGAAAAUCUGCAAAAUGAGGAAACCGAUAAUUUCACUCUUAAUAAAGAAAACGAGCAGGAAAUAGAAAUUAUUCAAAUAAAUGAGGCUAGGGAAAGAGCUGAAAUUGUUUUGUCAGGACCUCAGAGUGAGGAACCAAGCUUGCCUAUAAGCGAUGCCUCAGUUUCAGAUGGAAUUUCUGAAUUUGAUCAUGAAGAACCAAUUGAAAAUAGCUAUGAUGUCGAUGCUAAAUUGGAGAGUAAAAAUGAAAAUAAAAAUGCAGAAGAUGAUUUCAGCAUAGAAAUAAAUAUAGAUGAAAAUAUUAAUUUGUUUGACACCAAGAAACGAUACGGAGAAGUUCAGAAUUUACCUGAAACAAAUGUUCUCACAGUUUUUCAAGAGAGUCCUCAAAUCGAGGAAUGUUCAGAAUCAGAUGAAAAAGUGGUAAAUGCCAAUAAACGCGAUGAAAUUAUUUCCGAAUGUUCUACUAUUGUUGAAAAUAACGAUUGUCAAGAUACUUUGACUUUUACAAGUGAUGAAGACGUUUCAUCGGUCAAAUCUCUUUUUGUAAAAGAAGAAAUGUAUAAAAAAGACUCUGAAGACAUGUCAAAAACCUUGAUUGACUCUCAAUCAUUGUCCGAAUCGGAGCCAGAUUUCAGCGAUUCUGAAGAUAAAGAAAUCCGUUUUUUCAUGCCUACCUCAGAAAUGGUUAAAUCAAUGCGCAAACUUAUCAACCGUUACGGAAAUUCAGAAUUAAAUGUAUUAUGA